AUGUAUUCGUCUGCAAUUGAACAACCAUCUACAACAGCUGAUAGCUCAAUAAUUGAUGAUACAAUUGUACAUGAUUCCCUUGUAAAAGAUGUGAAUCUUCCUGAGACAGAAGAAGUAGAAAAAGAAAUUGACGCUGAAGUUGAACAGCCGUUGGAGGCAGGACCUUCUGAAGAUUUAGAAGAAUCAUCGACUGUUCAUACUUCUGAUAAUGGAAAUAAACUCAUGAUCGACUAUAAACCGUUCAGUAUUGAAGAUUUGAUCCAAUCCGAAGUCAGAAGCGUAACAAAAGCUGCAAGCGAACCAUCAUCACUUUCCAUAGCCCGACCUUUAGUCCCCAUAGCAGGAGAGCAUACUGAAGAUAGCGCAAUACCUCAAAAUUUAAAUACCACCAAACAACUGAAACAGGAAGCUGCCAAGAAUAAAAUAACUCAAAGAAAUAAAAAUUACCAGAGCAAGAAAAAACUCAGCUACUUUAAAAAAAAUUGUUCUUUUGCUUUGAUUAAUAGAAAGAUUAGUUUAAUAGGUAAUAGUCAAUUAGGAAAAGAUAAAGAAGAAACAAAAAUUGAACCCAACAAAAAACAAGUCGCACUAUCUCUCCAGUCAAUACAAUCAUCUACGACAACAAACAAUAACGAAAACAAAACCAGUGAAACUCCGGCGUUGCCACCUUUAGUUAAAAUUUCUGAAAACCCAAUAGCACAGCCUCAACAUAAUUAUAAUGAAGGAUAUCGUUAA